UCUACUCAUAGUGAGGAGUAACUUUGAACAUAUGCAUGUUACUAGUCGAAGUUACUCUCCACUGUGAGUAGUCUGUUAUGGCAUCAAUUGUUGAUGUGUGGUCCUGUUUAUUUUCCCAAAGGAUAUGCUUUGAUGGUGUCCUGAUUUGGUGCAAUGUCUUUGUAGAUUUCAAAGCACUCAAUGCCUCGUAAAGUUGUUAAACUCCAUCGUCUUGAAGACCUCUUCUGUGAGACAAGUACUGAUAAAAGUAUGAAGCUACAAGUUUUGCAAGACAUAACAGAGAAUUUCUCGGUGGAUACGGUGAUUGGUAGUGGUGGAUUCGCAGUGGUUCACAAGGGAAAGCUUGAAGAUGGUUGUGUAGCUGUGAAGAAGUUCCACGAAGUACUAGAGUACAAAUCAUUUGAGCGUGAGGUUGACUGUCUGAUAAGGAUUAAGCACCAAAAUAUAGUACGAUGUAUCGGUUAUUAUGCUGGAGAACAAAAAAAGAUGGUGAUGAUGGACGGCAAGAAUCUUUUGGUAGGAGUUCGACACCAACUGAUUUGUUUCGAGUAUCUUCACAAUGGAAGCCUUCGCAGGAAUCUUGAUGGUAUGACAGACGACUAUCAUUGUUGGAGUCAGUGGAACAUGUGUUAUGAUACUAUCCGAGGAAUUUGUCUCGGUCUGCACCAUCUUCAUGAGCACAGGAUACUUCAUGGAGAUAUCAAACCAGAUAAUAUACUGCUUGGUGAUGACAUGACUCCAAAAAUUGCGGAUUUUGGUUUGUCAAGGCUGUUGGAGCAAGGAAAAAGCCGAAUUCUCAUUGAAAAAAAAUAUGGAACACAGGGAUACACCGCACCAGAGUACACAAACAAUGGGGAAUUUACUAUCAAAUCAGACAUAUAUAGUUUGGGUGUUUUAAUAGAAAACAUACUAAAUAAUGGACAACACACGAUAUCCAUGGAUGAUACACUGGGCAAGUGGAGUGGAAGGUUGGACCAGCUCGAUGCAUCUGAGAAGCACACACAACUGGAACAAGUGAGAGCAUGCAUCGACAUAUCAAAAAGGUGCAGACAACAUGAACCAGAGAGUAGACCUGUUACACAGGAUAUCCUCGGUUCCCUUGGUGUUGACACUUCUUCCUUACCGGUAUCGGUACAGCCGCAGGCAUCAAUCACAGGCAUGGAGUCAAUGGUGCAGGCCGAGCCAUCAUUGGAGGGAGAAACCGGCCGCACGUCCAAGAUGCUUCAAUCGGAAUCGUUGCUGAUUGCCAACAACAAGCCCCGUCACUGGAGAUGGAUAUCCCUCCCAGAUUCCAGGUUUGCCAAGUAUGCGGAGCUCCUGAGUGUGUACUUCCUCGCGAUCAGCGGAGAGGUCUCACCAGCAGACCUUUGCGCCGGUGCAAGCUACACCGUUUACCUAGUGUACAAGCUGGCGAGCAGCUCCUGUGGCUUGAGAGGUUUCGUGCAGACGUCGUCGCUUAGGCUCCACGGGGAGCAUACCGUCGCCACCAGCAAGGUUAGCCUCGGCCAGGAAGCGUGCGCAUCGGACAGCGAUGUUACCUACCCUGUCCCGAGGAGCGAUGGCUGGUUGGAGCUUAAGCUGGCGGAGUUCACAAAUGAUGACGAGAUGCGACAAGAGAAGGGGGUGAUCGUGGAUCUCCGUGAGGAGAACGUCGCCGUGGAGAAGAGAGGACUCAUCGUGGAGGGCAUGGAGUUCAGGAGCAAUUAGCUGUGCUCAUGUCAUUUGUGGCCAUGCUAUUCAGGGAUUUGAUAUGUAAUAAGCCCAGCUUGGCAAACAUACAUUCAUGUUAGUCUCAAAUCACGUAAAUUUCUUACUGUUAAACCAAAAGCAUUAUGUUCUACUUGUAUUUUCUUAUAUUUAGAUUUUUUUUUCUUGUAAGCACAUGAACACUUGUUCAGAUGAACUUGAACAAUUUUUUCAAUACACAAACAUCAUUUUGUUUUAAGUUCUACCAACCAUUUCUGUCACAUAUAAGAACAAAUUCCAAAUAAAGACAUGAUUCUUGUAAUAUCCACAUGGUUUUUUUUUCUUAUUUUUGAUAUAGCUUACAAUUCAUGCCGAAUAGUACAUGAAUAACUUUUUGCGACACAUGAAUGAAUCUUUUGAAAUAUAAUAAUAUAUAUUUUUAAAUACACAUACAUUUUAAGAAAUACAAAAUUAUAUAUUUUAAGCACACAUGGCCAAUUUUUUUCAAUUUUAUUAUUUAAAAUUGGAAAUAUUUUAAAAAAAUUAUCAUAAAACUUGUUCCUGCUCGAUGGGUCAUUCUAAAUGGCCGCUGCAGCCGAGCCAGUUUUGUUGCUUGCGCUAGAAGCGAGGCAAAAAGGGUGAAAUGGACUGAAAGUGAGGUACACAAUCGAAGCCGCUUCCUAUUUGGCACUUUAGGGUGCCGGUUACUGCCCCUACUCCCCCUUGUCAUUGGGCUGGGACCAUUUGCUUCUUCCUCUUUCUUCUUCUCUUCUCUAAUCCAACCGCACCCAGCAAGCCAACACCUAUUUGCCGCCUUAUGUACCAUUUAAAGGCAAUUCAGUACAUGGCACACACCCCUUCCCCUUAUUUACGUUCUAACUAGCAAAACCGUCCGUGCGUUGCGAUGGGAGAAAAAAAAAUCAUAUUUUUCAAUAAUCUUGACCACAUUUUGCUGCAUCACCAAGAUACAUUAUCACUCUCAUUUUCUGAAAUCAUGAACAAUUUUUAAAAUCAUGAACUUUUUUUAAACUUGUGAACAUAUCUGAAAUCAUGAACAUUUUUACAGAUUUUCAAACAUUUUUUAAGAUCAUGAACACUUUUUAGCGAGGAGUGCGCGCGUUGAGGAGAGAGUUGACUUUGUGCGAAGGGAUAAGACAAAUCUGAUGGCCACCAGCACUUACAUCUGACUGUUCGAAAGCGACGGGCCAAACCCCUGGUCCGUCGGCCGAUGUGUAGUAGUGGCCUUACUUUUUAGCGGUCGCAAUGAAGGUACCUAAGCAUGCCACCUCCACCAGCUCGCGUCGGUGGGCCCUAAAAGUCAUACACACAUCGCCAUCAACCUCUGUCCCAUGACCGUCUCCGGAUCACCAAGGUUAGGUUUGCCCACACCUCUUUUUAUUUAGGUCAUGUUGCAUAAUUCUCAUAAAUGAGAUAAUUCGAGGUACAAUAUUAGUAUGUUUAUAAUUAUUUUCUUUGUUUACCUUAUUAUUAUUUAUUACCAAAUACAUUUGAUAAUAUAGUUCAACAAACUUAUCUUCAUGCCUGGCACAUCAAAAUCAUUCCAUCAAAUUAUAUUUUGUGCAAACUUGAGCGUUCAGGACCUCUAAAAGAUUUGUUUUGCCUUUGUGUGAUAACCUUUAGGCUACACUAGUCAAAGUGAUGUUGCUACAAGGACCAUGGUGCAAUGUAUGGUUGGCAACAACUAACAAGACACCGACAAUACUUUGUAAUAUGGUGCAAUUAACAAAGCGGUGGUCUCUGGUUACAUGAUCCCAAACUCCAAACCUACAGGUUGUAGUGUUGACGAUUGAGGACUAGGGCGAAGCCAUGGCGGCAGUGGAGGAAGCGGUCAUAAUAGUCGAGUGGCAAGAGGAAGCACACAACGAGUCUAGGUUGGUGCGAAAAAGGCAGACUCAUGUCAACAUUGUCUGUGGCGGGCACGGAAAAGGCAAAGGAGGCGCAGAAGAGGGAGAGCAUGUGCGGAGGAAGGCAGAGGAGGGUCUCCCCAGGAGGUCAUCAUAUAGCAGAGGCACCAUGGAGGACUUUUGUGUAUGAUUCAGGGUUCUAGUUGACUCCUCUCAUUUCAUUCGGCUAAUAAGAUAUCUUGGGCCAGGUCUAGAUGGGCCAAGCCCAUAUACCACACUAGCACAUGAUCCUUGUGGACCAUUCCUUUUUUUUUGGUAAAAUGGCAACAAAAGCAUGAGUCAGCCCAGCCCAAGGCGCAAUGCCAAAAGACAUAGCAUCCGAAAAUUGCGAGAUCGUCAGGCUAAGCCAACACCGAUCCGCAAGACCCACACUACACACGCACCGCAUAUGGUUACAACUUACAAAUACAAUAAUGUUGCUGUUUGUUCUAUUUUCUAUUGUAAACAACUGCGCGAGGCUAAGACACAUCCCACACAAUCAUGAGGUCAGUAGACCAUGUUCACUACCACUGGAUUCCCCAAAUACAGAGCCGCCAUACAAGUGCAGGUGCAGCGCAGAGGAAAAUUACAAGAUGCUGAGGAGGAUGCGGGGUGUUGAUGUAGGGCAUGAAGAAGGGGUGGCUCAUAUCUGUCUCAUCAGAGAAGACGCUGAGGAGGGGGUAGGUUGUCAUGGCAACCGCGGAAGAGGCGGCGCCUGACGAGGCCCUGCCAACACUUGCAAACAAGGGAGGAACAGAAGAGGGAGGAGGGCUAACAUGGAGGUAGAUUUUAUCACUAAAUUUGCGCUCUACCUGCUGUUAGGAGUAUUUUUUUGGACAGGAAUAGCAUUCUCAAACGGAAGAUGUGAAGAAAUAAAGUCUACGGGAUUAGUAUCCCAAACGGAAGUCAAGAAGGCAGGCCUUGCGAAGCAGUCAACCACCUGGUUUGCAUUGCGAUUACAAAAUCACUCGGCGUGGCAUCCAUUCCAAAAUGGUUCGUGGCACCAUUCGGUGCUUCCAUGAGAUAUCAAGCAAUCAGAUUUCCACUACAUCCUAGGUGCAGCCAAACUUUUUGUUGACACUAUUAGCUGCUUCCAGGUAGAGCUAAAGAACAUAGAAUCAAUCUAGGCAGCACCAGCCGCAGAAUGCAGAAUCCAUUACAUAGUCCAGGGGACACCUAAAAAGUGGCAAACGAUAUUAAACCAAAA